GGGACUCGUAACGUUCUCGGGUGGCCGCGCAAGUCAGAGGAAGGCUAUCCGACCCAGGGUUUCCUAAGCGGGAAGGGGAUGGCGUGGCCGCCGCGCUCCUGUGAUUUGCGCCCGGGACGGGAAGAAGAGCCGCCUCAGCGGAACGCGCAGAUUUAUAAUGAUGGGAUUGAACUGGCUUGUCAACAACAAAAGGAAUUUGUGAAGAGUUCUGUGGAAUGCAAAUGGAAUUUAGCAGAAGCCCAGCAGAAACUUGGUAAUUUAGCAUUACACAACUCUGAGUCCCUGGACCAGGAACAUGCUAAAGCACAGACUGAAGUUGCCGAGCUGAGAUGGAGGGAAGAAGAGUGGCGGCGGAAGGAGGAGGUGUUACGGCAAAAAGAGAGACAGAAUAUGUGGAACGCAGAUUUUGUUAGCAAGGAGGUAUUCAAUAAGAGCUUUAUUAAUCAAAAGAAAAGGAAAGAACUGGAAGAGGAUGUAUCUCAAUCUUUCAUGCAAAAGCAUGAACAGAAAAUCAGGCAUUUUGGUAUGUUGAACAGAUGGUUUGACAGUCAGAAAUAUCUUUCUGACCACCCAUACCUUGUCUGUGAAGAAACAGCUCAAUAUCUCCUCUUAUGGUGUUUCCAUCUAGAAGCAGAACAGAAAGGUGCUCUAAUGGAACAAGUAGCUCACCAAGCAGUAGUGAUGCAAUUUAUCAUAGAAAUGGCCAAAAGCUGUAACGUGGAUCCACGAGGAUGUUUCCGUCUAUUUUUCCAAAGAGCUAAAACAGGGGAAGAAGGCUAUUUAGAGGCCUUUAAAAAUGAACUUGAAGCAUUCAAAUCAAGAGUGAGAAUUUGUUCGCAAUCACAGAACUUCCAAGCUAUGCCUGCUCAGAAUCCCUUGUCUCACACUGAGCUGAAUUGUAUAGCGGGGCUUGCAUCUUUUCCACAGAAUUCAGAUUCACUUCAGGGCUGCAGUUUGAACUCAGUGGUACACAAAGAUGAGGAUGAACCUAAAAUGAUGGAUACAGUAUAGUAGUCCUAAGACUGAGCCCAAGUACUCUUAUUACAAAGAGAAGAACGUGGCAACUUCUUUGAGACUUAUUUUUAUGGGUGCUGCACUUUAUUUUUGAGUGUUUUUGGGAGAGAGGGUAAUCCAGAAACACACUUCUUUUUGUCUAGAAAAUGUGCUGCUAUGGGUUUUUUGUUUGUUUUUUUAGGAGAAGGGAGUUCUUAUAUGUCGCUGAAUGUGAAACUGGAUGUUUUUCUGCUACUACUAAUCCUUGCCUUUUAAAUUUUAGGAAUCAAAGUAUGAAAAAGAUUCUACAGAGUUGCGAUGUUUACAAUUGAUUAAUUCUUGGAGGGAUCUGCUUUAAUGUUAAUAGGUAUGCCCAUGUCUCGCCAUGGAUUCUGAAAAGCAUCCUAACGCGUUCUAUUGCUUGCAUAGUAGGCGCUUGAACCUGAUUUUAUCAUGAACAGCAAUAAAUCAGUGAUUGCUAUCAACAUUGUAUAUCUCGGUGGCACAGAUAAAAGCACUGGCCUUUUUAC